UCAAGUUUGGAACCAUGCGUGUUGCUGUAUUACUUCUUGCGGUGGUGGUGGCCGUUUCGGCCUUACCACGGAGCGAACCCCCAAGCCAAAGGAUUGUGGGAGGCUCUGUCACCACCAUCGAAAACUACCCGUACCAAGCUGGGCUGCUGUCGACAUGGGACUUGAGCUGGUACAGCCAGAGCUGCGGAGGCACCAUCCUGAACAACAGAGCUAUUCUCACGGCGGCUCACUGCUUCUGGUAUUAUACCGCCGCCAACCGUUACCGCGUCCGCGUCGGCUCGACCUUCGCGAACAGCGGCGGCGUCGUCCACACUGUAUCCCAGAAUAUCCUCCACCCCAGCUUCAAUCGCAACACGCUCGACAGUGACGUCGCCAUCGUCCGACUGGCUACCACUAUCACUUUCAACAAUCAGGCCCGCGCGGGAUCCAUCGCUGGCCUUAAUUACAAUGUCGCUGAUAAUCAGGCUGUUUGGGCUACUGGAUGGGGUGCUACAUCGAUCAAUGGUCCCGCCUCCGAACAACUCCGUCACGUCCAAAUCUGGACUGUGAACCAAGCGGUCUGCGUGGCUCGCUACAACGAGCUUCGUCUGGUCGUCACCGAUAACAUGCUCUGCUCCGGCUGGCUCGACGUCGGCGGCCGUGACCAAUGCCAGGGCGACUCCGGAGGCCCCCUUAUCCACAACGGAGUCGUCGUCGGCGUGUGCUCUUGGGGAGAGGCGUGCGCCCUUGCCAGGUAUCCUGGCGUUAACGCUAGGGUAUCCAGGUUUACUACCUGGAUCACGGCCAAUGCUUAAAUAGAAUUUAUGGCGGCGGCCGUGACCAAUGCCAUGGUGAUUCUGGCGGCCCCCUCAUCCACAACGGAGUCGUCAUCGGCGUCUGCUCUUCGGGACAUCAGUGCGCCGUUGCCAGGUAUCCUGGCGUUAACGCAAGGGUGUCCAGGUUUACUGCCUGGAUCACGGCCAAUGCUUAAAUAUAAUUUAUGGAAGCUCUUGUAAAAUCUGAUUUUGACUUUAAGGAUACCCUGAGUAAUAA